GCCGGCAGUCCGGCGCAGCGCGGCGGCGCGAUGUGGUCCAACGGCGGUGCGCACAGGUCUCCGGGGCGGCGCGCGGCGCGCUGCAGGCCCACGGCGCCCUCCUGGCGGCGCUGCACGUGGACUGGGCCGAGGCCGUGCCCCCGCCCGCCCUGGCGUCGGAGCUGCAGGAGGUGGAGCUGAGCUGCGUGCGCCUCCUGGAGCCGCCUCAGGGGGUCGCGAGGGCGCCCGGCCCCGCGGCGCGAGGGCGGCGAGGGCGUGGCUCAGGAGCGGGCGGCGAGGCUGCUGCGGCUGGGGCCGGAGCUGGUGCACAUGGUGCUCGGCUUCACGGGCAUUCCAGGCGCGGCCACGCUGCAGGCCGCCUGCAGGUGCUCGCCGUUCCUGGAGCCGUUCCUCAGGACCGAGGCCGCGGCGCUGACGCCAGGCGCCGAUUGGACCGCACCCUCCAGCCUCUCCUGGCUGGCGGUGCUGCGGCGCGGCGCCGCCCUGGCCGAGUCGUGGGGGGACGCGCAGAAGACGCGCGUGAAGCUGCGCAGCGCCAAGACGGAGGGCGAGACCUUCGAGACCCUGGAGCUCGUCGCGGUCGAGGUUGGGCCGCCCGUGUUCUUGUGUGUGGCCGCGCUUGUGGCCGCGAUGCGGCGGCACAGCAGCGCCCAUGACAUCCAGGGCCUCUGUGUGUCCCACUUGGCCAACUUGGCAUCGCCUUUCCCUGAGGCGGGGCGCAUCGCCCACGUCGUUGGCGGCACGCCGAUGUUGCUAGCACUGCUGAUGCAGGAGGACGCCUCUGUGACUGUGCAUCAGAACUGCACGACUGUCCUGUCUGCUGCCAUGCAUAGAAACUCCGCCCUCGUCAGGGCCGUCCGCGCUAGCGGCUUCAUCCCCAGGCUGGUGGCACUCUCCAAGAGGGCCGACGGCGCACGCAAGUCUGCGUUCUUGGACGCGAUCAUCCGCAUCGCAGACGACCAGGAUUGCUUGGGGGACCUUCGCCGGGCUGGCGCCAUCGGAGUCGUGGUGCCCAAGCUGCACGCUCGCGGCGGCCUGGAGCCCAUCCUGGUGCUCAGCGGGAUGGUCGGCGAGGACGCGCAGUGCUGCGCCGAGUUCCGGACGGCAGGCGGCCUGAGCCGCUUGCCGGGCAUCCUCCGCAGCCAGGACGUGGACGUGCGGGAGAGCGGCUCGCAGCUGCUCGUGCAGGUGCUCAACAAGGACAGGGAGAGCUGCUCUGCCUUCUCCGCUCUCGCCGGGGCGCUGGCCACGCUGGCGGACCGGCUCCACUGCGAGGCCAGCACGCACGUCCAGGGUUGUGCCGCGGACGCUCUCAGCUGCAUCCGGAGAGGCCUGGACCGUCGAGGCCCUGCUGGAGCAGGACGUCCUCGGCAGCCUCGUGCGCCUGCUCGCCGCCCCUCGCAGGGCCCUGAGGACCGAGGAGCGCUGGCAGUCCAACUACCUGCGCACCGCUGCUGGGGUGGCGCUGGCCGUGCUCCUGCGACAGCGGCCCGCCUGCGCGGGGGAUCUGCACAGGAAGGCGCGCUGCCGCCCCUGAGGGGCCUGCUCGGCAUCCUGAGGACAAAGGCGGAGAUGACGCUCGGCGGCCCAGUGAUCGAGCUCUGCGGCACCGAGGAUGUCUCCCAGGUCGUCGCGGCGGCCGUGGCCGCGCUGGAGUUUGCAAAGACAGCGAGCGCCACCCGCGCCACAACCUCAGCCAGCAAGCACCACGUGCUCAGGCGCCCCGCCUGUGCGGCCAGAGCGUAAUCAAUUCAAAUUCGCGGCGCAAGCGCCAAGCAUUCUAGCAUUCUCGGACGCCAGGCGCGCGGCUUGCCAG